AUGGCACUCAAUUUUGGAGCUGGGAGUAGCAGCAGCCUUGGUGAGUCUCCAACAUCAGCAAGUGAGACCAUAGGAGGUCUAGCCAUGGAAGUUGCAGAGAGUCCAAAUAAUGCUAAGACAGCUAAGCCACCAAAGCCGAGCCUGAAAAGAAAACAAAGGUCAGAUGUUUGGAAUCACUAUAGAGUCGAAUUCGAUGGAUCCAUUACCUCUGAUGGUUAUAUUUCACUAACAUGUCACUUUAUUGAUGAAGAUAGGGUCUUACAAAAGUUUGUGUUGAACUUUUCCUUAAUGCCAUCUCCGCAUACUGGCGCAGCAUUGUCUAACAAGUUAUUUUCUAUGCUUUGUGAUUGGGGAAUUGAAAAUAAAGUGUUUUCUUUGACUUUGGAUAAUGCUAGUGCAAAUGAUUUGUCAGUGGAGUUGUUGCUCACACAAAUGAAUGUGAAUAAUUCACUUCUUUCUAAUGGUGAAUUUUUCCAUAUCCGUUGUUGUGCACAUAUAGUCAAUUUGGUUGUUCAAGUUGGUUUGAAGGAUAUUGAGCAAUCUGUUGUGAAGAUUCGUGAGAGUGUCAAAUAUGUGCGAGGUUCACAAACAAGGAAGCAAAACUUUCUGGAAUGUGUCAGCAAAGUAGGAUUGGAUCGUAAGAGAGGUUUGAGGCAAGAUUUUGUUUUCUGGAAGCGCUACCCUACAUCUAAUUUGUAUUUCCGUCCAGUUGUUAUGUGCUAUAGUUCAUUGAGACAACAUCAAAACAGUUCAGAUCCGUACCUCAAAAAAAUGGCUGAAUUGAUGCUACCAAAGUUUGAGAAGUAUUGGUCAGAUUUCAGUAUGAUUUUGACCAUAGCUGUAGUCUUUGAUCCACGCUAUAAGCUUCAAUUUGUGGACUUCUUUUAUAAGAAGCUAUAUGGCCCCGACUCUCGUCAAUUUUCAUUGGUGAAAGAGAAAUUGUUUGCAUUGUUUGAAGAUUAUUGCAAUUCCUACAAUGACAAAUUUGAUGUUGAUAAAAAUGGGAAUUCUACUGCGAGUGGACAGAAUUGUGACUUCACAAAUGCUGAUUCAAUGGCAAUGGUGGAGGAGUUCAAUUCAUUGGAUGUUGAGUUUGGAUUGAGCCAACAAAAAUCCCAAUUGGAGUUGUACAUGGAAGAAAAAAGAUUGGAUGUCAAAUCCAAUCUUGAUAUACUUAACUAUUGGAAAGGAUCACAAUUCAAGUAUCCAUAUGUUGCUUGCAUGGCUCGUGACAUUUUGAGCAUUCCCAUAACCACUGUUGCUUCCGAAUCUGUAUUCAGUGUAGGUGGAAGAGUUCUUGACCAAUAUCGUAGUUCACUCAAGCCAAGCAAUGCGGAGGCAAUAAUUUGCACUAGAGAUUGGUUGUUUGGAAAAAAAGGUAUUAAAGGAGAAAUACCAACAAAUGACUUAGCCGAGGACUUUUUAAAUGUUGAUGAUGAACCUCAUACCGGAAGCUCCGCAACCUAAAUACUUCUUGAAAGCAUCAAAGGUUAGGGGACUUGUUAUCACAUGCUGGAAUGCUGCAACUAGCCAAGCUGCCAAGGAGUUAUUCUCUUACAAUAUAUGAUUAUGUUAGCUUUAUUGAGGAUUUGGAACAAAAAUUAUGUAUUUUGAUGGGUUUUUUUGGAUUGUGUUGGAGUUUUGUUGUUUAAAAUUGAACAUCUUCAUGUUAUAUGGCUUUUUAAAGUCUUGAUCAUUUUAUUAAGCAAUCUUUAAUCGUGAA